GUCGUCUGAUUUCGUGUGCUGAGGCAGUACGGUUAGGCCUCGUAGAAGGUGCCAGUGGCUGUUGGCUGGGGCCUCCCCAGCUAACUGCUGAUGAAGCCCUUCACUGGGGUUUCCUGCUUGACUCAGCUGUACCCAUGCCUCUGCAAAAUGCCCUGGCACUUGGCCUGUACUGCCCUGGCACUGGCACACUACGCCGACCUGGGGGAAGAGGACCGUCGCUCACUGUGCAAGAUGCUGUGCUUGAAGGCAUUCUCGAGCCAGAUGUGCUCACUAUCAAAGUGGCCCACAGUGGAGAGAUGCUGUCCUUGACUGAGGCCGUAGGUGCGGGUCUUCUUGACCCUAUUGCGGGGACAGUUUUGGACACUGAAUGCAACAUCACUGUGGACUUGUAUGAAGCCAUGGGCAGGGGGUUGGUUCUACCUGUAGCCAAAGUUUUGCCACUGUUGGAGGUUGUGCUGAGAAGUUUCUAUUCCCCCAUUACUGGACUAAUAUGCAGCCCAUUUUGUGAACGACCGCAGUGCCUUCGUGAUGCAGUUCGGUCAGGCUUUGUGAGCACUGGUUCAACCAUGGUCUUUUCAGGAAGCUGCUUGAUGCCGUUCUCAACAGCUGUGGAUUGUGGCUUAGUGGACGAUCGGGCAGGUGUUGUCAGAGUCCUAGGAGGGCCCAUGGACCUUAAAUUGGCCUUUGAAAGGUGCCAUUUGCUGGACAUUUCGCCACCCUUGAAUCUUAAGAUGGCCUUGUCAUUGGGGCUCUUUGAUGAUCAGAGUGGCCAUUGGAUGGAUCCAGCUAGUGGCUGCAUGCUCACCUUAACAGAUGCGCUUGAGCAACGCUUGCUUGAUGACACUUCCACUAGGGUACUUCAAAGCAAGGAUGACACACGUCGUACCUUGGUCCUGUCAGAGGCACUUUCUCAGGGAAAAAUUGACAAAAACUGUUCAAAAUAUGUAACUGAAGAUGGGACUUUAAUUCCACUUGUGUCUUGCUUUAAAGAGGGCCUAGUGCUUAAUGUUCAGCCGAGCACUCCACUUCAACGGCUGAUAAGAGAGGGUUGCUAUCUUGAAACCUCGAAUCGUUUCAGCAUACGAGGGUUGAGCCACACAGUCUCCCUUGGCGAGGUAGUGAUGCGCCGGCUUGUUGACCCAUUUCUACCAUUUCUACCUCAGCCUGGGCAGGAGCCAAUGCAUCUUAUGGAAGCAUGCCGGAUGGGGCUGAUGGAGCUGUCAUUGGGUUUGUUAAGGGAUGGACAGCAGCUUGUCCCACUUGUGAAGGCUCUGGAAACUGGCCUUGUAAUCGACUUGGAGAAGCCAUUGACUCUGAUUGAAGCAGUGCAGCUUGGCUUCUGUGACCCAGAUUCUGGACGACUUUUGCACCCAGUGGAGGGCUCCUAUUUGAACUUGGAGGAAGCACUGGAGCUGGGCAUAGUGACAACUCGUGAUAGCUAUGUGAAGGAUGCAGAGACUGGUCAAUUUCUGACUUUCACUAGAGCCAUGGAGAGCGGCGUGGUGGACCCUGUGCGGAAUCGCUACACUCCUCGGAACUUGAAUCUCUACAAAGCAGUGUUCGCCAAGCUUAUCAUAUAUGCCAAAAUGCCCUUAAGCCUUGGCCAGGCUUUUGCAGAUGAGCUCUUUGAUGAAGAUAGUGGCAAGUUCCUGGAUCCAAGGUCUUCAGAACUUCUUGGCUUUAAGGAUGCCUUGAGCCGUGGCCUGCUUGAUAGGCACAGCAUGUUGCAGGAAUCUGCAUCUUCCGCUUUCAGAGCCAGCCGGGGUGCUGUCACUUCCAGGGAUGGCCUGUCUUUCUCAUUGUCCAUGCAAGCUGGCUCUGCAGAAAAUCAAUGUCAGCCGAGGUCAGGUGUUGAAAUUGGCAACCUGCAGCGAGGCAUGAAGACUUCUGACAGGACACGCACGGGUUUGACUCCAGGCUUUGGUCAUUUUAUUAAGCAACCCAUAGAGCCUAGUAUUUGCAGUGAUGUCAGUUUGGCGUCACGACGGGAGCUCACUUCGUCAAAAGGCAGUGCCCAAGCACAGUCAGCUGUAGAAGAGACAGAAAAGCUGAAGUUCCCUCUGCAGAGGCAGAUUGUGCAGGAGACAGUGUCGGCAGCUGAAAUGUUGCCCAUCAUCAAGGCUGAACAAGAGUUCCAGCCAAGCCCAUCAUCUCCCGUCAAGGAGCAAUCUUCACUGAGCGGUUCUACGACAGAGCUGAUGUCAGCAUAUUCAAAGGAUAGUAUAGAACCAAUUCUAGCGGUGCUGGCACCUUCCAAGACAUUACUUGAACCUCAUUUUUGCGUCUUGGAGAAGCUGACUGCUCCAAUUUUCAAAACGAGUGCUGAAAUUCAUGAUCCAACUUUCGCUUCCAGAGAGGUUGCAGUCGUGUCUCCAAAAACGCGACAGAUUCGGUUCCAUUCCAUGCCAUCUUUGCAAAUUACUAGUUUUGCUGCAAUUGGGAUCCCACUGUAUUCCAAGUCUGAUAACGUAAGCACAACUGAUCCUCUGCAUUCUUGGAGCAUUGAUAGUGCUACAACAACAGUUGCUAGCCCCCCUUUUGACAGUAUGAAAGGCGAGCAGGAAGAUAUUAUGCGCCAGGAAAAGCACCUUGAACCACCUGGUCAGCUGGGUGUAAUUGGUUUGGCUGGCAAUGGCACUGAACGUGAAUGCAAGGCAGCCAUUUCAGACUCGUCUGGUAUUGCUGAGAAUGUUCCUUCCCCUGGCCAGGAUGGCAAGCAGUACUCUGACAAGGCACAGCAAUCUUCCACUACUGAAGUCAUUGUAAAAGAUACAAAUGAUGAAACUGCCAAAGAUUUUGACUUGUUAGAGCCUACCAAAGCUGUUUGUAAAGUAGCUUUCCACACAGAGUAUGACAGCGCAACCCACGUCACCAAGGUUCAUGCAGGCCCAUCAACCCAGCUGGCCGGACAUGGCAGUGCCGGAAAGGCAACAAGACGUCAAAUUAGAAACCAGAAGCAAACAGCACCUGACGACUCUAAGGAUGGCAGUGAGGAAGAAUAUCCUUUGCAUCCUGCAGAAAUGAGCCGUCAAGAGCACUCUGUGGUUGUCCAUGUUGAAACAGCAGAUGAUGGCAUUGAUGCUGUCAGAGUAGAAAUUGCGGAAAAUAGACCAUUUGCAGAUGACUGGCAGCGAAGUGUGGGCUUUAAUGGAGCUACAUCAAGUGCUGUUGUUCAUUUGCAGCAGAACUUUGGAGCUGGAAAAGCUGGUCAUAAGGAUUCCUCAAACAUGCUGAAAAAGAGUUUGCUGCCAUCCUCUUUGGUUGAACCAAGUCCUGGUUUUGAUUAUGGAAAGUCUAGCUUACAAUUGUCUAGUGGUGCAGUGUUGUCGCCUGAAACACGCGGUUCCUCUCCAUUGCCUAGCUUAGAGCUAAUUACUGCUGAAGACAGGUCAGGUACUGAUCAGAUGCCAGGCGCCAAAAGAGAGAUGCAAAGCCCAACAGGGAGGCCACCUGCCAACGGUCAAUCAACGCGAAUCAAGCGCCACAGCAUUUCGCUAGCACAACCUAUUCACCCUCAGCCCUUAAGCUUUGAUACUGUCUUGACAGAAGGCAGCUUAUGUCCAAGGACAGGCCAGAUUACUGAUGAAGCAUGCAGGAACACUUUUACACUGCUGGGUGCCUCCAAGCAUGGCUUUCUUGACCAGAGCUCCUUCCUUGUGAAAGACACCUUGGGCAAGAGGCUUCUAAGCCUGCAAGAUGCCAUACAGGAGGGAAUCCUGGACGUGGAAAUGGGGACAGUCCUAGCGGCCACGGAGUGUGGCCAUAUCUCAUUUGGGGAUGCGCUUGCACGUCACAUUUUUGUGACACCACGCAGUCCGUUGUCGCUAGCUGAGGCUCUUGAGUAUGGUGUGUAUCGACCGGCAGAGGGAUUGCUGGCAUGCCCUUGGACAGGCCGCUGGUUGCCAGUCACUGAAGAGCAACAGCUACCACCCUGGAUUGAUCAAAGUGCAGAAGGCAGCUUGCCGCUCACAGAUUCGAAAGCUCGUGGCCUUGCAGACCCUCGGGCAAGCAGGCCACAGGCGGACAGAAGCCGGGCAGUUCUCUUCCACCCAUCGCAAGACAGGGUAAGGGGGCUGGGAUGUGGGUAGCACUGCACCUUGGUAAAAUCCACUGCACUCCAUAUCACUUCCGUUUUUGUGUGCACUGACUAAACGAAUAUGCUCAGAAAGACAGACAAGAAAGGAGCCUGCCGCUUCACUGACCAGUAUGAUCCUCCUGCUCAGCACAGUUGGAUUUGCCAGGCAUGGGGUAGCACAGGCCUUAAUCAAAGUAAUUCCUGUGCUUGCUACAAAAGGGGUACAGGCUGUGCACAGCAGAAGAUUGCAGUGCCCAGCCAAGCUUUCCUGCCACACCACUGUUCCAAGGCAACCUUGGCUUUGGGGGCUGGUACAGUCAUUGUGGGCUGAAAUGAAGGGACUGGACUUGUGUCCCUCAACUGACGACACCUCCUCCCUGGUCUUGUUACUAACCAUUCCAGCACAUGACUCAUGUCUUCCACCAGGCCCUCACCAGGGUAAGGGAAAUGGCUCUGCACUGUGGACAAUCACCGCACCCUGUUACAUGGUCCAAUCGGUUCCUGGGUUCAGCAGCUAACUGGUCCUCCCUCCCAGCACAUAACUUUUGUCACCACCGGGCUUUGGUAGGGGAGCUGUGUGUAGUGAUUUGGUGUGCCUUCUU